GUAAAACCCUCCCCUGACUUUGACGAGGGUAGAUAUCGGUGAGCCUUCGUUCUGAGAAUAAGGUCUCUUGCAACUCGUUCGUUUGCAGAAGCCUUCCUGCUACUUCGAUUGUUACAAUGAAGACUUCUGUCGAUAGCAGUUUACCUAUCUAUCAGUGUAAACGCACUUGCUAAUGCUACUAACGAGAAAAGAUAUAGCAGACUUAAAGUAAGCAGUUCCGAGGCUUUCCAAAGAAGUCUGACUACUCAUAGAUACACUUGAGCAUAGCCAUCAAUUGUAGUGUCCAGGCGGAAGAAGAAGAAGCAGAAGAAGAACAACGAUCAUAUAUACCAAAAAGGAAAAAGACGAAGAACAACGCUAAUUAAAAUAGUUUAGCACUUAUACCCCGCGAUUGGGUAGUACACCAGCAUUGCUACUUAUUCAAAGAGGGAAGUACAGUAUAAAAAAUGGUGGUGAACGUACCGCAGGUGAUCUCCCACGUGCUAGGGAAUCCCGCGAGUUACCCCGGUCCGCACAAUGUGAGCCAGGAACGGACAAGCCAGGGUCUCCAGAAGGUCGAUACCACAAGACAGAUGAAGAUGAUCUACGACGCACUCACUUCGCGACUCGACGAAAUGCUGCGCAAUGAGUACAAUGAAAAAGAUGUGCUUUUUUAUGCUUUUUAUUUUGGUAUUGCUCUAGAUGGAGAAGCUCUAUGGUAUUCAUUUUUUUAGAGAAACCGUUUGUCGAGUUCUAAGGCUUACCAGAGUAUUUUGGUAGAAGAAGUUCGAGAAGAUAAGCUAUAUGAGCAGGUGUUUGUACACCGAGAAGGAUAGUGUUAGUUCAGUACGAAAUAUUUCCUGGAUGCAACAACUACUUUCAGGCAAUCUGUCUCCAUCGACAACUUGGGUUCAUUUUCUUUUGCGCCAUCGUGGUACAACUCAAAAUACGGACCCGACUUUGUAGCCAAGGUCCUCUGCUUCGUUCCCCAUGCGAAACUUGCGAAUGCUUGCCCAAAGUACAUAUUUGUUUACUGACGAAGUUUGUAAAUGGUAAUAUCAUUCGAAGUUGUCUUUUGGAUCUAUCAUUCAAAGUCGUUGUAGUUCAUCUGUACUAACUACCCCGAACAAUUGACGAAAGAGCUGGCUAGAGAUGCUGUUCUACGAUGACAACAGCAAUUUUUUCAUUGCAAUCCUGUCAGCUACAAGCCAUCGAAACAGAAGCUCGAACUAGACAGGACAGCGUUGACAACGGCCCAGUCGAUUCCGAGCAAAGUGAAGUUCCUGAACGAGGUAAGUAUUUUUGACCUCCCUGUUGAUUGAUAAGUUGGCAUUUUUAAUACAACAAGCAAACCAACCUCGAUUUCGUUUGCUCAUCAUUCGCAACAACCUGAACUUGCGAUUCAAAUUUGACAACAAGCAAACCGCACCCGUGAUUCGAAAUUGAAUCAUUUCUAAAGAACACCAACACGACCAGCGAGUUCCCCUCGUGGUUUCGGAUAUCCUUAGCUUAGUCCUUACCCACACACCAAACCUGUUGUACUAAAUUUUUACAACGACCGACCAAACCACACACUAAUUGUUCAAAGAAUCAAAAACCACCUAUUGAGGUACCCAUUGCCGCAGGAACUUAUUACAAGACAGAUCUAGUGAAAUCCGUGGUGAAGCACUUUUUCGUUGCGGUGGUAGAUCUGGCGGAAAGGGGCUACGAUAUCGACCUGGACAUGAAAGCUGCUAAGGUACAUCUAUUCGAUGUGGAGAACUGAAAUUGGCAUGAUGUCAGUAUCUUCCUUCUACUGAUGUGUCUUCCUCACUCUAAAUCUAUAAGUGUGCUGAUGUUGUACGCAGUUCACUUAUCAUCAUGUCUACUUAUUCAGUUUCUCGUUGUUUUCGCGAAGUUGUAUAAACUGAAGCAUCCUAGGAAAGGAUCAAUAUUUUCAAUCUUCACAUCAUUAUAGGUGUGAAUAUUCUUCUUCACAUCCGCAACCAGAUAAAAAUCGCCAAGGGAAAUGUGACGGCGACCUUUGACUCGAGCUUGUCCCAGAAAUUUGCCGAGCCAGUGAAACCCAUGAAUACCGCUAUGGGAACUGCACUGACCAAGGGUCUCAAGUACUCCUACAAUUUAUCAGAUGUUGUAUAUGUUUUGCGUGGUAGCAAGUACUCCUACAACUGAUUUAGAUAUCAUGUUUUCGAUUUGGUAUAAUAGUUAGAUUUUCACUUUUAAAUUUACAUUCCUCAUGGUGAUAUGUCCUUCAUGGUAACUUAACUGUUAAAUUUACAUGUCUUUGCACUACUCAUGAGUGCCUUGCGUAGACGGACGAUGCAUAGAAGAUGUUCUUCCCAGACAACAUGAUUCUCUCCUGUUUAUGACUUUUUUUAAUAGUCGAGGAAAUAGGACGACAGGAAACACAAUAGGAAAGGGCUACGAUCAUUCUCAAUUUCAUCAAGGUUGUCCGAGACCUGGGCAAAGCCAGCCUUUAGUGACGCAAUGGGAAGCUUUUUGCCUCGACCGAAAAGCCGCGAAGCUCAGAGUAUCCGCAUUGGCACAGCAAAUCUGGGUGUGAUGGGCCGCGAUUUGACAAGUUGCGUCAAGUAG